AUGUACGCGCGUCGCGCCGGAGGCUGCUGCUGCUGCGGCGGCGCCGGCGGCGGCCACGAGGUGUGGGAGACGCGCUUGCCGCAGCUGUUGUUUCUUCUGCCGCCGGCCCGACAACGCAUCCUGGAGCGCACGGAAGCGGCGUGUGACCGUGCCACCAGCGUCGCUUCCGCUCGGACGUUUCCAAGGCGAGGACGACGAGCGCUGCCGCUUUCCAGCUUCAGUGAAAGUGUCGGGGUGUUCCGCGGGGGUCUAGUCUGACCUGCCCCUCACGGCUCAUCGGAGGUGUCACGGCGUAGCCGCGACCUCGCCCCGGACAGAGCGCGACGCGUCGUCGUCGUCGACAUGACCGCGGCUGCGUCUGAGGCGCGGCCUUGUCGCCCGCCUCACGUGUGUUAGCUCCGCGAGCGUGUUGUUGUCGUGCGUGCGCGUGUGUUGGAGUGUCGAUGAAUCUCGCGCGGACUGUUGCGAGUAGCGCGGCGGGCUAUCUACCGGAAGGAAAUUUGCAUAACUGACGCGCGCCUGACUAUUACCGCAUAAGGCAAUCGCUGUGCCGACCGAAGAAGACGACGAGGAGUUGCGACGACCGCGACCAUGCGCCGCUGCGCUGGUUUUGCAGCGCUUGACAAGGACGUGGUCGGCGCUGUGCCGAGGUAAAGGACGCUGUCGAUGAGUUUGCGCGGCUGCUCUUGAAAGCCGCGGCUGCGACCGGCAUGGCCGCGGUGCUGGAGCACAAGGACGUUGUUGGCGCUGCCGCUCGGCCCGUCGAGUCGAAGCCCCAGCUGUCGUCGUCGUCGUCCUGGUCUAGACGGAAUGGUGUCAGGAAGGCCGCGGCAGCGAUCUUCAGGUCUCUCAGCUUCUCGAUCCGGCAGCGCGAUAACGGCGGUAAUGCGCCGGACAGCGGCGACACCAGAAGGAUCCUUGCCUGUGAUCGUGGCAAGUCAAGGAUUCCGCAGCCGAAGCUAGUUCACUUCCCCAGCAAGAUGGAGGUGAGAACGGCUCCCGCGACUCCUACCUGUAGUCCCGCAAUGCCUCCCGUUUCCGACUACCGGAGUCACUUCAACAGUCCCUCAACGUCGGCCGGAGGCCCUGCCAGUUCCGCUUCUCCCUCAAUGCCGCCGGCCACGGGCGGUUAUCAAGGCUCUCAUCACUCCUCGUCAAACGGGACUUCCUCGUCGGCUUCCACCGAAUCCAUACCUACAAACCCCCACGCCGCAGCGGCGCCGACGAACGUGCUUUCACAUUCGCCGCAGAACGGCUUUCAUUCUUCGACUGCGACGCUAAACGGUAGCGUGAACGGGCACGGCAUCGCGAGUUACUCCCCAGCCGACGCGACGAACGGAUCUGCUCCGCACGUCAACGGGCGGCAGCAGCGGGUGACGCCGCGCAGCGACAGGCUUCCAUCACCAUCUUGAGUUCCAAGGGCACCGAGAGUCUCAAGGAGAUGGUGCAGUGUCCCAUCUGCCUGGACCGCCUGCACCGACCCAAGAUGCUUCCCUGUCAGCACACCUUUUGCUUCCUGUGCCUGCAGAACAGCGUGAUGUCGGCCGACGCUAGCCGGCUACGUUGCGCCAAGUGCCGAUCCGAGGUUCCCCUGCCCAAGGAAGGCAUCUCGGGUUUCCCGUCCAGCAUUCACCUGCAGAACAUCCUGGACCUGCUGGAGUCGGACUACGCCUCGAUGGACGAGCUGCUGCAGUGCUGCGGCUGCCAGACGGUCAGCGGCAGCAGCGUGUUCUGCGAGCACUGCAAGCUCUCCUACUGCUCGCUCUGCAUGGCCAGGCACGUGGAGGAGUUGGCCAAGCAGCUGGGACACAUCGCCGACCAGCUCGACGCGACCGUCGACAAGAUUACGCUGCGAUUCAAGAAGUUCGAGUCUAGCCAGAGCGACAUCCAGUCCAAGGUUCGCCUGGAGGCCGAGAAGCGUGUCCGAAAGAUCCGGGACUCGGAGGCACAGCUGCUGCUUCGCGUGGAGACCGCCAAGGCUGCCGAGGAGACGGGCCUCCACGAGGUGGUGCAGAAGGUGCGGGCAGCUGCCACCGGCGCGCGCCUGUUCUCGUCCAAAGGCUUCGACGCGGCGCAAGACCCCAACGAAAAGAUUCUGGCCUUCAUGAAGCUACACCGCGACGCCGGCGACGCACUGUCGGAAGUCACUGCAGUGGGCAACACGCAAUUGAGCUUCGACCCGGAGGCAUUCAGCGUCACGAUCGAGUGUCGGACGGAUGCCGUCGCCGAGGACGACGCUGAGCCUCCGGGAUCUCCGAGUGGCAGCCCGGAGACGACGCCCUACUCUGCUUCUUCGCCGGCGAACGCCCUCACCUCACCCGGCCCGCCGGCGCCCGACGCACCGAACCAAAGCAAGGCGGAGCUUCAAAGGGUAGCCGCGGAUGCCCAGUCUCGCCUGUACCGAUCCAAGUCGUUCCUGGCCCGCAUGAGGCUAGGCAACGGCCUGGUGCAGCGGCCGUCGGGCGCGGCCGUCUCCCCGUGGUCGUCGGAGAUCUUCGUCGUGUCCAUGGACAACCACAAGGUGCUCACCUUCGACUCGACGACGGGCCGGUUCCUGCGCUCUUUCGGCAGCCGGGGCCAGCAGGAGGGCGAGUUCCUGUGCCCGUUCGGCAUCGCGUUGUCGCCGAUCGACCAGGAGAUCCUCAUCACGGACAAGUGGAAGCACUGCAUCCACGUGUUCGACAGGGACGGCAACUUCCUGCGCCAGAUCGGCAUGAAGGGCCGCUCGGCGGGCCACUUCCGCAGCCCCGAGUCCAUAUGCGUGGACAACGCCGGGCGGAUCUACGUGUGCGACACGUGCAACCACAGGAUUCAGGUGCUGGACCACGACGGCAUCUUCCUGCGCGAGAUCGGCACGCACGCGCAGCCCGAGAACGCGUUCAACCGGUCUCGCAGCAUGUUCCAGGAGCCUACGGGCGUAGCGGUCAGCGCCGACGGCCAGCGCGUCGUGGUGUGCGACUUUGGCAGCCACCGGGUGCACGUCUUCUCGAGCGGCGGCGAGCACCUGCACACCUUCGGCCAGAAGGGCGCGCUCAAGGGCCACUUCAUGCACCCCGAGUGCGUGGCGGUGGACGGCCGGGGCUUCAUCCUAGUCGGCGACAGCGGCAACGGCCGCGUGCAGAUCUGCCGCCCGGACGGCCGCCACGUGCGCACCUUCGGCAACAAGGGCUCCAGCAGCGGACAGUUCAGCUGGAUAUCGGGCAUUGCCGUCACAGCGCAGAACGAAGUGGUCGUGUGCGAUUUCAAGAACCACUCGGUGCAGGUCUUCUGAAGACUAUAGGUCGCCCGGACAGGGGACCUGUCCCGGCUCCUCGUCGCAGUUCUGUUUUUGUUCCUGUCGCCUCGCGCGUCCAUUGCGCGCGAUAUUUUUUUCCAUCGUGCUGGUCAAUUAGCCACGUACGCAUGACAUAAGCGGCAUUAAGCGCACGCGCCGUGUACGCAUGAAAGAUGUGCUUGGCAUGUGCGAAUACACUGGUAUGCGUUUGCAUACCUGCAGAUCAGCGCCGUGUGUGCUGUUCGAGACCAUGGCCCGUAUUCACAAGGAGUUUUUACGGCAGAUAAGGUCGUGGUGGAAAAACAAAAUGGACCAAUAGCGGCAGCAAACAUAUGCUUAGCUGAGGCAGCCGACCAACCAGGAAAAGUUCUUACGAACAAAAAGCUUUGUGAAUUCGGCCUCAGUAGUGCGCAUGUGUUUCGGUUCAAAAGGUCGAGCUACGCAAAUGCGACACGUCUGCCAUUACGAAUGGCUACCCAAAUGCUUGUGAAAGCUUUCCUAUUCUUUGCCGGCGCUCAGCGUGUGGAUCAGAGCCGUCCACUUCACCCCUGACCCCAGAUGAACGCACGUAUGAUCGUACUGGCCAUCCCUAUGUUCACGUGACACCUGUGGCAUUAAACGAGCGCACUAAAACGUGCGCGGAAUCGCGGCCCACCACAUGCCGAACGCGUGUGUCAGCGCUAUCUAUACGCUUUCUUACAACAUGCUCUCCAAGGGGCUGAAUCAUGACUUAGAAACGCGCGCUCACGCGCAUAUGCCGAGAGAAAUAGUGCACCAAGGUAGCCGACGGCCGAAGUACUGCUUAGGAAGUUAGUUUCGAGUGUGCAGUUUGCCGAUUCGCUGUAUAACUUCUUAUUACCAAACAGCGCCACCAAGUGUCGGGCUCGGUGCAAUACGAUAUAAGCUUGGAUGAGCGCAUGCACGUUCCGACCUCCAGUGACAGCUAGCUUUGACCAUUUUAGGCAGUUGGGCUUCUUGGAGAAAUGAAAAUCCCGCAUGUUCUUAGCAGCUCUCUAAAUCCGAGUGGACGCUUCUCCGCUUUAGGAUAUUGUCACGGCUUUCCGUUUUCUGUGGUGCCAUUUUCGAUUGCUAUGUCCCACUUUCAUUUUUUGUGGUUUUGUUUUCCGUAGUUUUGUCAACGAGUCGCCGUUAGAACUGCUUCGGAAGCAGGGAAAAAAGAAUCUGAUGAUUGGAAUUAGUCUAAAGAUGAUCGCAAUGUGGGGGAGAUGAUCGGAAACAAAAUUCAGUACACUGAAUUUACAUGCUUCUAUUUUACAACUUUGUUGCGGCUGUCGGCUUUGUUAAAAAUUUCCGUCCAAGCCUGUGCUGAAAAAAAAUAAUAAAGAAGACAGGCACAGCACCAUCGAGCGUCUUGUAAAACUGUGCUGUUCCAGCUCCUUUUCUUGUUUUUGCGGAAAACACACUUGGCGUUUCCUUAGGUGUAAAAAUUAGCACAAUUACAGGAAUUCUCAGCCCGAAUUUUCUGCGCAAGGAUAUGAAAAAGAGUCACUUAGGAGACGAAAGUUGUCAUAGUGCCGAAAGUUAUUUCAAAGCUGUGUGGGUGAGAGGUCACAUAACCAAAGCAACCAGGCCUCCAACUAUUUAUUAAACUGCUGAAAUUUAAAUAACUAGUUGAUACAAGAAAAUAUACUGUCGCAUUGUAGUGACCUUGCUACCACCUGAGCAGUUUGACCGUUAAUAGAGCCUCAUUACGUCGUUUGAUUUAAUGACAGCAAUCCUGGGAUUGUAGCGUGGGCAGGCCAGUCUGGUUUCGCAAAAGAAUUUUUUCUCCAAUUGCAAUAACGUAGCUGAGAAAUGGAGCGUCUUGUAUGCAUUUAUUCAUAUACACGAGCUGUUAUUUCUACGUUUGUAAGCAUGGUACGUCGCCUAGGCCUCCAUAGGUAUAUUUUCUUCCUAAGUGUAAACACUCUUUGAAAAAUCCUAUAAAGAUACGAUCGCAAAAACGAAAAAAAAAAAAGCUGCAUCAAAGCUUCUUUGUACCGUCUCUAGCGCAACAUUUUAAGUGAUGGCACUCUAGUGGCUUUAAUGAGCGCGUUGCUUUCGAAGCGAUGGAUGGUCUAGAAGGCGGCACUCCGGCUUAAGUAGUCUCAUACGUCGCAAAAAAGCAGUGUCAGGCGUGCCCUUUCAACGACCUUCGAAAAGAGCGAUCACCAAACUCAAGGAUCAGUGAAGGUCCAGGAGCGCAAAACAAGUCCAUAAGCAAACGACAAUUGACUUGAAAUUAAAUGAAUAUCAGAGUAAGUUCGAGAAGUUAUAAGAUGAUGUUGGAUCGCAGUGUUCACAGUAGUCUCGUCGCGUGAUGUCGUUUGUUUUAAACUCUAUGGACACCUGAAAGACGUUAAGAGUGAUCAGCCUAAUGCGCUUUAAGGUGCACUUUUACUCGUUUGUCAGAGUCCAAAUUUGUAUUUCACAAAAGAAAGUCGGGCGAAGUCAUGCACAUGAGCUGCCACCAGGAUGUGGUGCCACCAUAGCAGAGUAACAGUCUUGGCGAUCAUCAAAAGUUGUCUGUGGCAGCGGCCUCUCGUUGAGAGAAUCGGACAGAGCUCGCCGAUUUCGACGUUCGCUGGCAUCAAUAGUCGUUGAAAGAACACGUGUGACACGCGUAUAGAAAUAGCUUGACGACGAUUUUUGGAUCAACGGAUCUCGCUGCAUUGUAUAUAGUGGCUGUGCGCGGAAGUGCCUUCUCUCGCUGCAAGACAUGGUUGGUAUCCCAUGAAGCUUCGAGUGUAGAUUCUUUGUGUGCAUUAAAUGUUGAUGUGAUGAGUGAGCUCCACUUCUCGUUGGAAACCUCUGCUGUGUGUUCUUGUAUGAAAAUAAAGCUGAGUUGUAGUUUUC